GUUUUCGAAGAGACCAAGAUGGCGAACGAUCUGGACCGAGUGCGCAUCUCAGCGGCGGAACUUCGAGCUGAAGCUUCGUAUUCGGUCAACAUUACGGACUGUGGGAAAGAGGAGCAACAGGAACUGUAUGCUCACAAGCAGCAUAARAAGCGUGAAGCAAAACGUCCCGAUCUUCAGCGUUACCAACCAGCCSCUGGACACGGACGACGUCACCGGGACAGUGAGGAAGGAGAAAGUGGUCCAAAUGACUCCCUGAAACCCAAAUUACAACAGUUUGAUGAAUCGUCUCAGAGUGAGAACAAGGCUGUUUCUGAAAACGUUUUUGAGAGACAAGAAUGCACAAACAGUGGGUCGGGCAUCAAAAAAAUGGAAGAAGACCGAAUGAGGGGUGAGGGCGCUAACGUCCAGCCUAAAACAAAUGCAAAUGAUAAAAAAGUGCUCUGUGAAAAUGACCGAGAACAUCAAGAACCUGCUGAAGCUUCUAAACCUACAAAGAAAACCCGCAAACCUGACAGAGAGUUUUACCAACCUGGGAGUCGCAGGAACAACCUGGGAAAGGACACUGGUGUUCUGGAUAAGCCAUCCCCCAGGAAACGAGAGCAAAACUCUGAGCCAGAACCUCACUUGAGUACAGGGACAAGGGUGAAAAAAUCUGUUCCCACGCAGGGAGGAAAAGGUCAAGUAAAAGCUGUUCAGGAGACCGUAAAACCAUCUAAUCGCAGUGAGGACACCAGAGACCAAGGAAACCAAAAUGUGGAAACACCUGUUGAUACGUCAGUGGACAAAAUGACAAGCAGAAUUGAAAAACUGACCAUAGAAGAGAAAGGUAAAACCGAGCAUGCAAAUAAAAAUAGAGGGGGAGAAAUCAAUAAACAAAGAAGAGGUCAAGCUGAAGAAACCAAGGAUGAGGAAGAAAAAGUGGAUAAGAAGAGAGAGAAGGGAAGCCGCAGAAGAAGAGGAGUGGAGAGGGAAAAAGAGAAAAACCCUGAAUCCAAAAGAGAAGAUGAAGCAGCUCGCGUUGGAAAAAACAACCAGAGAAAGCCUGAGAAGGACAAGAUGGCUCCAGAUGCAGAUGGACGAAAAACUGAGAAGGCUAAAGACACACAACAAAGCAAAAGAAAAGAUAACGGCAGAGAAAACCGAAAAAUAAACAACAACAGCAGCUGCAGAGACGGUGGAAACGAUGCUGUAACAGACAGCAAUUUAAAGCAAGCAGGAGGACGGGGGGAUCGACACAGAUCUACGGUAAAUACCCCCACGCCGUCCUCAAAACGCUAUUCCAAAUCUGAUAUCCGACACUUGCGGAACAGAACUUACAGCAGCAGCUCAGCCAGCAGUGUGACCAGCCAAGAUGGUCCCAGGCGUAAGAUGGACACGGAGGGGACCAACUGGCCACGCCGUGACCCCGGCCAAAAAAAGAGAGAGACGACGGACAACAACGACGAGAAAAGGAGGCACCUGCAAAGCUGGACGAGCAAUAAGGAUUCGUCCUCAGAGUCACUAGACCGGAUGGGGACGUGUGACCGAGAAGAAGAAAAGAGGCGACGUAGGAGAAGAAGAGGAGAUGAAGAAAUGAGUACAGAGGGACAAAAAGGGGAGGGUUGGGCAUCGAAGUCUAACAAAGUUGGAGGUCGGGGAAUCCUAAGGGUUUCUUUAGAAAAUCAGUCCAGUAGCGCAUCACACGGUGGAGAURCACAGAACCGCAAACAAGCUCCUCGUGGCAGAGGCGGCAUCUUGGUGCUUCCAACCCGUACAGACAUCUCCAACUCCUCUGAGGUGGGACAGAGGCUUCUCUCUGGUGGGAUCAGAGGAGCGGGCAGGAAUCGAGGAGGCCGAGGUGGAGGAGUGCGACGAUUGUGGGAUCCUAACAACCCAGAUCAGAAACCAGCUCUUUCCAGCACCCAGACCUCUCAGUAUUCAUCUAUCAAACAGCCCGUUUAUCUUCAGACUGGGACCGGGUAUGGACAGCUUCACUUUCUGGACACGGAUGACGAGGUAGCAGGCAGUCCUCCUGUGGCACAAGGAGAACACUUUCAGUCCCAGCAGGCAGCUGCCAUGGCUUACUACAAAUUCCAAAACUCUGACAACCCCUACUGCUACCCCCUGUCCAACAGUAGCCCACAUAAUCCCAACACACCUACCAGCACGCGAUACCCUUAUCCUUAUAAUAUGGGACCGUACCAAAUGGGCCACCCUAAUGGCAUGUACCCAGGUCCUGGUCCAUUCUGUGGGAGCUACAGGGGAGUGGGUUAUUCUCAGCCAGGUGUGGGAGGUGGACUGACGCCUGAUGAAGCAGAGCAACAAACCAGAGGGGAGCUGGGGAGGCUGCAGAAGGCUGCCGAUGCUCACGAGCUUCAGCUCAGCAAUCUGCUGUCCAGGGACAGACUGAGUGCUGAUGGUCUGGAUCGCAUGCCCCAGCUCAGAUUGGACCUGUUGGAACUGUACGAGCGGAUCAUCUUGACCGACAUCGAGUUUUCUGACUCCCAAAAUGUGGAUCAGGCUUUGUGGAAGAAUGUGUUUUAUCAGGUCAUUGAGCGUUUCCGGCAGCUACUCAAAGACCCUGCCUGUGAUAACCUCUCUGAUAUCAGGAACAUGCUGCUCACACUUCUAGACGAGGGAGCACUGUUCUUUGACACGCUGCUUCAGAAGCUGCAGACUGUGUACCAGUUCACAUUAGAGGACUACAUGGAUGGGAUCGCUAUCAGAGCUCGCCCAUUACGCAAAACGGUAAAAUAUGCCCUCAUUAGUGCGCAGCGCUGUAUGAUUUGUCAGGGAGAUAUUGCACGAUAUCGGGAACAAGCCACCAACUCUGCUAACUAUGGAAAGGCUCGCAGCUGGUACCUGAAAGCCCAACAGAUCGCCCCCAAAAAUGGACGACCRUAUAACCAGCUGGCUCUGUUGGCAGUUUAUACAAAGCGGAAGUUAGACGCUGUGUAUUAUUAUAUGCGCAGUUUGGCAGCUUCCAACCCCAUUCUGACUGCAAAAGAAAGCCUGAUGAGUUUGUUUGAGGAAGCCAAGCGUAAGGCAGAACAGCUUGAGCGAAGAAAAAGGCAGGAGCACGAAGGCCGGUCUCAGGGUCCCACAGUAAGAAGGAGAGGACGAGGGGACGACGGAGCACGUGUGGAGGUUUGGAUCCAUCCCGCUGGACGAACGGCGACGCCCUCCUCGCAGAGAGGAGGCAGCGAGUCCAGCCGGGACUCUGAGCAGGAUGGAGAGCUGGGCAGCCUCAGUGCCACUGAUCUUAAUAAGCGGUUCAUUCUGAGUUUCUUGCAUGCACAUGGGAAGCUCUUCACUAAAGUGGGAAUGGAAUCGUUCCCCGCRGUGGCGAGUCGUGUUUUACAGGAGUUCAGGACGCUCCUGCAGCACGGCCCCUCGCUGCUGGGCUGCACAAACAUGCUGCAGAUCAUCACCAUCAACAUGUUUGCCAUACAUAAUGCCCACGGCAGAGGUGAAGAAGACGACGUGCGGUCCGUUCUGCUCGAGCAAAGCACCGCUCUGGGCCUGGGCAUGUUUGCUCUGCUGCUGCAACGCUGCACACAGCUGCUCAAAGAAACUCCUGCAGAGCAAGUCUCCAUGGCAGAUUGGGAUGAGGAGGAUAAAGCRGAAGAGCCGGAGGGGAUGGUCAGAGUUUCUGCCUUCCCACUGAGCCUGAACGAAAUGUUGCCCAGCAUCAAAGUCUGGUCUGAUUGGAUGCUGGGGCAUCCAGAUGAGUGGAACCCUCCUCCAUGCAGUUUAGAGGGCAGUCCUGAUGUUUGGCAGUGCCUGGCUGACUUGUGUAAUGUCCUGGCACACGUGGACCACGAGGAAGUACCUCUGUACAAAGUCGACAGUGAUGAAGGUGAGGGAGACGAGGAGCUGACGUUACUUCAGCUGAAGGAAGACAAGCUGCUCGCUGGCUUUGUACCUCUGUUAGCUGCACCGCAGGAGCCGUGUUACACAGAUAAACACACCGACAUGGCGAUAGCAGCAGAUUGUAAGAGAGUGACGGUACUGAAGUAUUUUCUAGAGGCUUUGUGUGGACAGGAAGAGCCUCUGCUGGCCUUCAAGGGAGGCAAAUACAUCUCUGUUGCAACUUGUCCUCCACCUCAACACUCCGACACGAGGAGCAGGGAGAGCUCUCCAACAGAGAAGGAGUCUGACGAUGUCAUACUCGAGGCAGCGUCGUCCCCCUCUGCGUCAGGAGAGGAGGAUUUCGAGGAGACGGGAGACAGUGAGAACGACAUCAGAGAGCUAAAGGCGCGGCGCCACGCCCUGGCUAGCAAACUGGCCCAGCAGCAGAAGCGCAGGGACAAAAUCCAGGCCGUGCUGCAAACUGGUGGACAGCUGGAAAUGGAAGUAAAGCCUUUGUUUUUGGUGCCAGAUACCAACGGGUUCAUUGAUCACUUGGACGGCCUGAAGAAACUCCUCCAGUGUGGAACAUACAUAAUAGUUGUGCCCCUCAUUGUGAUCACAGAGUUAGAUGGCUUGGCUAAAGGCCAGGACACUUUUGGUGGAGGAGUGGGGUUAGYGGGGCGCGGCACCGGCAGCCGUAGCACUUAUAAUAUCAGCGUGGCCCACAUGCGGGGUGUUCAGGAAAAGGCUCGGUUAGCUGUGGCGUUUUUGGAGAAAGGAUUCGACGCCAGGGAACCGUGCCUAAGAGCCCUGACGAGCCGAGGAUAUCCGCUCGAGUCGAUUGCCUUCCGCAGUGAAGACACCUCCGGACAACAGGGUAACAAUGAUGAUGUGAUCUUGUCCUGCUGUCUUCAUUACUGCAAAGACAACGCUAAAGAUUUGACGCCACCUCAGAAAAAUGGGACAGUGAGGCUCCAGAGAGAAGUGGUGCUCCUCACAGAUGACCGCAACCUCCGGGUCAAAGCGUUGACCCGCAACGUGCCUGUGAGAGACAUCCCUUCCUUCCUCAGCUGGGCUAAAGUGGGCUGAGCCGCACUCUCCUGGAACGAAAAGGAUCCCAACUGCUGAAGCCUGCUCGUCACUCAGGAGAGAGGACACACUUAAAGCAGAGGAGAAGCUGGGUAGAGGAAAUGAUAAUAGUUCCACUUCUUAAGCAAUACAAGCAAAUGAAGUGCAGGGUGGUGUUAAUGAGCUUCCUCCACUCCGUAAGGAAGUGUGUGYGCGUGUUCAGAUCAUCAAGCUUCCCCUUUAAAGAGUUAGGAAGACUUAAGUCUUCAAACGGCUGGAAGAGAAAGGAGGAAAAAUGAAGUGAUUAGAUUUAUGGGUUGCUGUGUGCAAAAAGCCUGCACCUGAUUUAGUGUGCACUCUGCAAAGUGGGAUUAAAAUUUGGAUCAGACGAUGGAAUGAAAACAGAGAAACCGUCGAUUGUCAUUUGUUUGAUUAAAGGCGGCGGUAAUGAAGGGUAGGAACGAUGCUUCUGUAAAAAAAUAAAAGAAAGAAAAAAGGCCCAGGCUUGGACUGUUUGGCCUCUAGAACAGAGCUGAGAGAAGAGUAGGUGCAGAGAUACAGAGCUAAAAAGGGCUACUUGUCUUGAGGUUUCAGCCCUCUCAUGAAGGUUCUGGUGUUUCCUGCUCACCCAGGAAGUGCCUGAAGCUCAGUCGGCAGCUUCGUCAGCCCCCCCGGCUUGAUGUUUUUGUUCUUGUUGUAAGAAACCUUUUUAAGUUUUCAACAAAAUGUUAGUUUUUUUUUCUCAUUUUACCUCUUCCUGAGCUCACGUUAUUGGUUCUCUUACAGUUCUUCGUUUUCUUUUUCAGCAUUUUAUAACGAGCAUCUUCGAAGGUUUUUCAAAUGAAACACGAACCAUAAACCAGAUGCAUUUUUAUUUGAAGUGGGUGCAGGUGAAGUUGUAAAUAUAUAAUUUGGAACAGAUUAGGUUGUUGAGUUGCAUUAGAGUUCGACACAUUGUUUAACUUUAGACAGCCACAGUGACAGGUGGYACUUUGGAUCUUGACUUUACAGAAACUUGUCAGGAAUGUUGUAUUUUUUGUUCUCCACAACCAUCAGUGUUUUUGUGCUUUUCAGUUUGUAACACAACUGUUUACCUCCCUGGGUGUUUCUUUUCUCAUCGAUGUCUCCUUUACUCUUCAAACUGUGAUUUUGUCAGGGAUAAAAUACAUUUUUAUCUGUAAAAACACGUUGUGCAGUAACAAACAAAUCUUUGUUUUUUUUGGGUGGGAUUAAUUUACAUCACUAUUWGUGUUUAGUGUAAAAAACAUGCUUUAAAAUUAGCUUUAGUCCUCCGUUUUAUUGCAUCAGUUUAUUCGUCUUUAAGUAAAGUUUAUUGGUGUUUUAAACGAUGUUUUCAGCUAGUUUCAUCCAGUUUCCACCAGCAGCCAAUGUUUGUGUGAACCAACCAGAACGAUGUUUUUACUGCUGUCCUUAGUGGCUUUGUGACAAGUUUAGUGUCGGAGCAAAUUGGCUGUUCUCAUCUUUUCCCCUUUUUAUGUUAAACCUGUUUUUACAUUACUGACGUUCAAAGGAAAACGAGGAAAGUGUUGUGUUUUCAACAACAGCGCUUCCAUCAUACGUUUUAAAAGCAGUUAAAGCAGAGAAACGGCGUGCACGAUGUUAGAACCUGCACGCUGAAGCUUCCACAAGCAUUUUGUUCGUAUUUGUGCUUCUUUGUGUUAUCUGUACGGGUUUCCUGUGAAGAAAUGCCAGUAMAUAUGUUUGUUUUUUUGUUUUUAAUGAAUAAAACCUGGAUUUUUGUUAUUUUAAGUGUUUUCUUCCUGGCAAUAAGAGGAAGUUCAUUGCUAAAAUUAAAAUGGCAUUUUUGGCAAAAUGAUCGUAAAAGAACAGUUCCUGUUUCUUACGAGAAAAGUAAAAUACAAUUUUAAGAGAAAGUCUUGCAAGCGAAAUAAAGAAAAGAGGGACUUCCUGCACAGUGCUGUACAUAUAGCCUGGCURGUUUUAGGGACGGAUAGUUCUGCAGCCUAUCCAUCCGUAUCCUUUGCUUCAGCUCCUGCAUACAGACCACACAGGCAGGCCCUGAUUCUCAUCAUCAUGACAACAGCGAUGCCAGGCAACCAAUCAAAUCCCACUGCAUCCUSUCCUGGAUGCUGAUUGGUCUCCCAGCCUGCUGCCUGUUGUGGAAUGUCCAUCUUUAACCUCUCUGCUGCCAUGCACAUUGUAUUUUUCCCCUUUAUGUUUUUUUUUCCUCCCUCUCACUGAAUAUAAGGCUAUGUCUGCA